AUGUGGGGCGGACGCCGUUCGUCCGCCGCCGCCUCCCGGAACGCCGCUUCGCUCCUGCGGCUGCUGCUGGCCGCGCUGCUGGCGGCGGGGGCGCGGGCCAGCGGCGAGUACUGCCACGACUGGCUGGACGCGCAGGGCGUCUGGCGCAUCGGCUUCCAGUGCCCCGAGCGCUUCGACGGCGGCGACGCCACCAUCUGCUGCGGCAGCUGCGCGCUGCGCUACUGCUGCGCCAGCGCCGAGGCACGCCUGGACCAGGGCGGCUGCGACAACGAUCGCCAGCAGGGCGCCGGCGAGCCUGGCCGGGCGGACAAAGACGGCCCCGACGGCUCGGCAGUCCCCAUCUACGUGCCGUUCCUCAUCGUUGGCUCUGUGUUUGUCGCCUUUAUCAUCUUGGGAUCCCUCGUGGCGGCCUGUUGCUGCAGAUGUCUCUGGCCCAAGCAGGAGCCACAGCAGAGCCGAGCCCCGGGGGGCAACCGCUUGAUGGAGACCAUCCCCAUGAUCCCCAGUGCCAGCACCUCCCGGGGGUCAUCUUCCCGCCAGUCCAGCACAGCUGCCAGUUCCAGUUCCAGUGCUAACUCAGGGGCCCGGGCACCCCCAACAAGGUCACAGACCAACUGUUGUUUGCCCGAGGGGACCAUGAACAACGUGUAUGUGAAUAUGCCCACAAAUUUCUCUGUGCUGAACUGUCAGCAGGCCACCCAAAUUGUGCCGCAUCAAGGGCAGUACCUACAUCCCCCAUACGUGGGGUACACAGUGCAGCACGAUUCUGUGCCCAUGACGCCUGUGCCCCCUUUCAUAGACGGCCUGCAGCCUGGCUACAGGCAGAUUCAGUCCCCCUUCCCCCACACGAACAGUGAACAGAAGAUGUACCCAGCGGUGACUGUAUAACUCAUGGCACUGCCAGGUUCCUCUGUGAGACCGAGAUCAAAACGGGGAUGGAUUCUCAAGGUGAAAGUCCUUGCAUGUUGGUGUUUGUGGCAAGAUUCUCUUGGAUGGUCUCAUUUGUCCCCAAACUAUGAAAAUGUCUCCAAGUUAGCAUUUCUGGAUCUCUUUCAUCCCAGUGCGUCAUUGAUUCAUGAUGGAAAACUGGUAUCAGCUGGAGAUGCCUGCCUUGUUGCUCUUGGGUGUGUGACAAAUGCUUGAGCCCUUAAGUGCCCUUGAGGUUUGGUUGUCAAGAAGAAUUUUGUAAACUGAUAGAUUAAGGGUUUUUAUUAUAAACUAUUUUUCCUUUUUUGUUUUGAACUACAUAAGAUCAGAAUACCUGUUAGCUCCCUUUUACCUGGGCCCUUUUUUUAAAACAAGCAUCCAAAGUUGAGGGGAAGACGUAAAUAACACAGUUAUAAAAGGAAACUGUCUGAACUCUGUGAGAUUAGUUCUUGAUCUUAGUAUUCCACAGGCUCAUCUUAAUUUCAUUGUAAAAAAAUAUAUAUAUUGCCUAUUUUUGUGCUUUUUGGGGGCCUAUUUUGUGCUUUUUUUUAAAAACAAAGUCUUGUGUAGAGAUCUUAUUACAAAUGAUUUUCUGCAUUAAAAAGAGAUUGAAAGCAAGUGUAUCAUUUCUUAACUAAUGAAGACCCUUUGGAACUCUGGGAUUAUUUUAAUCUUGAAGUAGCAGAUGACAUAGUAAUAUAAAGCCAUUCAUCCCCUUCUUGAUUGUAUCUUUUAGUUUUUACAGUGACACCUGAGAAGUAAUUAGAUGCUUUUUGUACUGAAAUCAUAAAACCGUCAGCUGCUGCUUCUCCGAGUUGCUUUUAAUUUUGCCAUGUGGUACGGCUGGGCAUUUCCUUCUGUUUGGUUUUCGGAUCCCCAUGUCUAUAUAGUACUGAGUGCAGGUAAUUACCAUAGUUAUAAAUGAAGAUCGGUAUUUCUGCCUAGAUCUGAUAAAACAUUAUCUUGUUUUAGUUAUAAAAAUUGAAAGAAAUGCGUUACAAAGAUAUUUAGUAUAGCUCCUCAGCCAUAAUUGGAGGCGUGGGGUGAAAUUGAAGCCACAGAUAUGAUUUACUUUGCAAGUCAUAAGGCUUUUUAUACUCUCAUUGUCAAAACGGCUUAUUUUGCAGGCGAUAGGGUCUAUUAAGUCAAGAGAACAGCUUUCAGAGAAGCUGCCUUUCUUCCUCCACACACUCAGUUCUGGCUUUCCUUUCUUUCAGACUUCAGCAAGGACUGUAUCCAUUACCAGUGUUCUGAAUUAUCACAUUCGAGUGAAUAUAUCUGUGUAUCAUUUACCUAUGAGAAAGAUAAGUUUAAGUAUGCACAAGUAAAUUUCCAUCUGCUAGCAAAACCAAGAUUUGUAAUUAAAUUGUCGUAAAGUAUGGAUUUUUACACAUUUAUAUCUACUCCUAGGCUGUCUAUUAUCUAUUCUGUGUUAUGACAGAAUAAUGUAAAAUCAUUGUUGGCAAUUGGUAUCAACGAAGACACUCAAUCGAAUGUUUUAAUAACCAAAGGCGGGGGAAAUCAUUUUACUUAUUAAUAAAUAUUUUAUGGUGUGAAUUUCUACGGGA